AUGGACAUUAUUUCAUCUACCAGUCAACCUUCCAUCUCCGCACCAGUAAAUCAACAACAAUUACAAUCACCCUCAUCUAAUUUACCAAUAUCAACAAGUUUAGGUACUCAUUCUACAGUUAACAAUAUUAUUGACUCACUACCAUCAGCAAAUUCAUUAGAUUUGACAGCUUUAUUUGGUGACGUUUCUAAAACUGUUUCUGGGCUGACAGAUAUUCUUGGUGCUACUGCUAAAAAUUUAGCUAGUGAUUCUAAAAUUAUAAAUAAUAAUUUUACCACAACAUCAGAUAGUAAUUCACUUCCUACUGGGAAAGAUAUUUUUGGAAAAGUGGCUUCACAACAAUCAACUUUUGGCAAUUUUGCUGAUAAAAUUUUAGAUAUAGCUAUGCCACAUGCAUCAUCAUCUAAUCCUCUUAGUGGUAUAUUUGGUGGAGCAAAUACAUGUUUUAAAACAUGUGGAAUGGAAGAUAUUCAAUAUGCUUCAAUUAAAGCAGCUGAAACAAUGGUAACAUUAAAGUAUUGUCUUAUAUUUAUGACAAUAGUAACAAUUUUUUGUAUGUUAGCAUUAACUGGUUCAAUAUUAUAUUUUUGUUUUUACAAGAAUCGUAAUUUAUUUAAUUCUACUCAUCCUUCAGGAGGAUUUCAAAUAUUAAAUUAUUCAAAUAAAGAUCGUUUUACUACUUUACAAUCAUCAACUGAAAAAAGAAAUAUUACAGGAGACAAUCCUUCAAUCAACUCUGAUAUCAAUAUUAAAAUUUAA